CCAUGCAGCACACCUGCCUGGAUGGCUUUCAGAACUCUACCACCAAGGCCGGGCAGACCAUGGCCCAUGCAUUGAAAACGGCGUUAGAGAUGAGCAACAACGCGCUGGACAUAGUGGAAGGGUUCUCGAGUGUCUUGGAGGAUUUCAAAUUGGAAGACGCAGCCGAUGUCGAGAACACGAACGACGUCACAAACAAGAGCAGGAAGCUACUGUCGAGUCCCUUCUCAUCGGCUACCUCGGCAGCGGCUGAUGAUAUUCCAACGUGGGUGAACAGCCACCAGAGGAGGCUGUUGCAGGCGGGAUCAAAAGCACUGAAGGCGGACGCUGUGGUUGCUCAGGACGGGACCGGCCAGUUCAAGACAUUGACGGACGCGCUCAAGACAGUUCCCCCAGACAACAACAAGCCCUUUGUCAUACACGUCAAGGCUGGGAUAUACAAGGAGGAAGUGAUCGUAGCCGCAAACACCAUGAACUUUGUGACCAUCGUCGGAGAUGGUCCCACAAAGACCAGGUUCACGGGAGGCAAGUCCCAGAAGGAUGGGUUCCAAACUUUCCACACCUCAUCUUUCUCGGUGAAUGCCAAUAACUUCAUGGCAAUAGACGUAGGGUUCGAGAACACAGCAGGACCGAGUGCAGGGCCAGCGGUGGCGCUCAGGAUAACCGGAGACAAGGCAGUGAUAUACAGGUGCUACAUGGACGGACACCAAGACACGCUGUAUCCGAGUGCGUAUAGGCAGUUCUACAGGGACUGCACGGUGUGGGGGACCAUCGACUUCAUAUUCGGCGAUGCAGUGACAGUAUUCCAGAACUGCACCAUAAUGGUGAAGAAGGGUGUGGACGGGCAGGAAGGCGUGGUGGCGGCCGGCGGCAAGAACCAGGAGGCAGGUCCGAGCGCUCUGGUGUUCCAGGGCUGCAAAUUCCUUCCGGACCCAUCCUAUAUGGAUACCGCCGCCGUGAAGAAGGGGCUGCAGAUAUCGUAUCUGGCAAGGCCAUGGAAGCCGUACGCAAAGACGGUGAUCAUAGAGAGCUAUAUUCAUGAAAUCUUCAACCCCAAGGGGUAUGUCCCAUUCACGGGAUCGAACUUUCAGGAUACUUGCACGGCUCUGGAGUACGGCAACUUGGGUCCGGGCGGUGAUGUUGCCCAGAGGGUGAAAUGGCCAGGCGUCGACGCCCACCUGCCGCGUAGCAAGGCUGCUCAGUACUAUCCGGGCAGAUACUUCCAGCUUUCCAAUAAUCUGGAAGGCGAUUCCUGGAUUGUCUCCUCCGGGGUCCCCUACUCCACCGGACCCAUGCUCGCCUCGCCCUAGACAUUAUUCAUUCCUUCCUUCUACUUUCCGGCCUCUACUCCUGGUUCUUGCAUUUCUUCGUUAGUUGAUUUGUGCAAUCAUUUCCCGCCCCAUUCACGCUCUUUUAUCGCCCUAUAUUCCGCCUCAUUGGGAUUUAGGUUUCACAUCAUCAAUUGUUGUGAAUUUUUGGAACCCUGUGGCAACGAGAACAAGAAGAAAUCCACAUGACCCGUUUUACGUGUCUUUUUA